AUGGACGGCUCAGUGACCUUUGCGCUGCUCCACAGUGGUGAGGUCCGCUGUCACCGCAGCAGCACUGGUCAAAUCUUAGCCCAAUCGCAACGACUCGGAAAGGGCCGCCUUCUGCAAGCAGCGGCUCUUUUGGGAUGUGAGGCCUUCGUGUUGGGUGAUGACCAAGGAGGUCUGCAGCUGCUUCAACGAGACGAUCUCAGCGAAACUCAAGUACUUCGUGCCACUGGGAAAUCCAGCAUUGCUGCCCUAGCCGCCCUCCAAGACAACCAGCAGGCUUGUCUUUGUGCCAGCAUGGAUGGUAGCAUUGAGCUCAUCCAGGUGAGCGACGAGGGCGAUGAUGCCACUGUUCUUGCAAGGAUCGAGCCGGUGGGCUCCUUGGGCGAGUUAGAGGGUAUUCCGGCCAUCUCCAGCUACAACCUGGGCAAUGAGGACUUGGCCUUUUUCAGUGCGGGUGCUUCUGCCUGGACCUUCACCGUGGCGACCGGCACCCUAAAGCUCCUGGAAGGCCGGUCGAAGCCUGCAGUCUCCAGCCGAGGCUGCCACAACUACGCCUGUGUUCUUCGCUCGAAGACCUUCGUCACGGCAUCCAGUGGAGACUCCAAGCUUCAAUGGUGGCAAUUGGAGAGAAAUGGCGAACUGGUGGCUGGCCCCGAGACGCACAGUGACGGGGUGAUCCUGGGCCUCUCAGGUGCCGGAGACCUUUGCGCUGCCUUGCACGCGUACCUCACGGUGACUCUUUGGCAAGGAGCCUUGCGGAAAGAGGUGCUGCGGAUCACCAUGAGCGGCCUCGGCCACAGCUUGUCCUUGGGUCCGGAUGGUUUGGCCAUUGCCAGCGCACCAGGCCUGGGCCGAGUGAGGUCACCGGGCGAUCGCUGCUCCUUGCACCUGGCGACCUUGCCGCUCCACGUGGAGAAGCUCGUCAAGGAGCCGAAGAAGAGCAAGCCAGCCAAGAUGUUUGCACAGAAAACCCGGGGUGGCCGGAAGAAUCAGAAGGGAAAACAGUCCAGGCUGCAGUGA